AUGGCUUCGGAAUCCGCAGCCGCUGCUACGGCCGAUGCCGCUCGUAACGCUUCUGAGCCGACCCAGGCAUCGACGGCGAGCUCAUCCACCGAGGUAUCCACCAUACCAGCAAACGAUCGAGCAGCUACAGCUCCAGCUCCAGCUCCAGCUCCAGCUCCAGCUCUAAGCUCCUCCACUACCACCACUACUGCCGCGAGUACUUGUGCAUCUCGGUUAGCAACCUCUCCAGUACAAGGUACUACGCAGACAAUCCUCGCUGCCACUGCCUCCAUGCUUCCUCGCAGCACAGCUUCCGUCUCGAACAAUGGCGCAGCCUCGACAGCCGCUUCUUCGAACUCUUCCUCGAGCUCUGCUACAGCAAAAGCCUCCAACAGAGCAUCAGCUGGCUCGCCGAGACGAGCUUCUUCCAGCCUUGCUCAGCACAGCCAACCUAUUCUGUCCACCGUGCCUGCUCCGAUUGUACAUCGUUUUCGUCAGCAUCAACCGGCCUCACAGCCUCCUUUCACCACAGCUCCCACCGCGUUGGCUGACAUCGAUGCUUCCAAUCCCGUUCCCUCCAUCUUUGGCUUUUACUCUCAUCAUGGCAAUGCUACAAUACAACAGACCAACCACCAAAGGCGAGACUUUCUGACAACUUGGCCAUCUUCUCAGUCCUCCUUUCCGCCUUCCCGCCCUCAGCGUACACUGGGCAGAUGGCAGGCUAAUCGCAUGCCAGCGCACACCUCUUCCUCCUUUGUUCCACAGGGAGGCCGCGCCCAGCGUUCCGCACAAGCCCGAGCCAACCCUACUCAUUCUCCCUCGAUCAACUCAAGUGCCGACUGCAGCCUUCUCUCUCCCUCGCUUCCUUCUCCUCACCCUACUUUCGAGGAGACGACCACCAUCUCCUUUACCUGGACGAUCAGUGACUUGCACUUGCUACGCGAAGAGGUGGAGUACUCGCCACCACCUUCCGAAGGAGGUCGGUCGGUCAGUGCAGGCGCUGGCAAAAGCGAUGUGUGGACAAGUCAUCCUACCUUUGGCGAUGGCAAGUGGAAACUCGAGCUGGUGCGAACCACUCGACCUCUGACCGCUCAACCACAUCCAGACUUGGAUUCUGACGACAAUACAAACGCCUCGGCUUUGUCCCUCACUGUCGAGCCGGUAGCUGUACAGGAUGGCGACGGCAGUGCAAGUGCACAGCGCGACAGCAUCACCAUCCUUUCCGUCUACUUGACUUCCCUCGUGCUCGACUACACGCAUGCCAGCGUCGAGAUCCCCACUUCCAUCAUGGUCGGAUUGCGUCCAACACGCUCUGCCGUUGGUAGGCGAGGUGCCGAAAAUGGUGGAUGGCUGUGGCGACGCUUCUACGACUACACAUUCCAGAAGGAGGCUGAUCUCUUUACCUGUCACGACCUGCCUAGUGUCUCUGAAAUGUUGGAGGAUGCCAACAUAGCCCGCGAUGACGCUGUAGCGCUCACCAUACAGCUCGGCCUAGGGCCAGGGCAUGCUCGUGGAUCUCCUGGUCAGCUCGACGAAAUCUCUUCGACUCGCAUGCCAAUCGAGAUUGAUGGACAUCAUCUUGUUCCUCGUGCUGUUCUCAACUCACUGCACGGUCUGCUUGACGAUGCUAACACGGGCGAUGUCCGUAUCCUCGUGCGCGAAAGGGGAGUCCUCAUGCCUGCUACCUCUGACCGCGCCGCAAUGUCUGACGACGGACAUGUCGAUGCGACAGACCCUUCAGACACCCAUGGUCGCAUCCUGCCAUAUCCUGUGGGCUCCAGCUGCCCCAUUGCAUCCGUAUACGUGCCUACUGAUGCGCAGCCCUCGAUCGAAGAAGACCCGGAUCGUAUCUUUGUUCGCGAUCGAGUGCUGUGGGCACAUUCUAGUGUUCUCAAGAGCCGGAGCGACUACUUUGCUAGUAUGCUCGCUUCGGAUUUCAGCGAAGGCAUCAGUCGCAGCUAUGGCGUCGAAGCGAAUGGCGGCCUUGCUGCACGCAACGUCCGCACCCUCCGCAUCCCCGAUGCCGACUUUGUCACCACCUAUUGGUUCCUACGUUACCUCUAUACCGAAGACAUUCGCUUUGCCGAUAAAGAAGAUGUGCGAAGCGCGGUGCUCGACGAAGAAUGGGCCAAAGGAUCCGAUCUUGGUCAUUUUGCAACGCGUUCCCUAAGUGGAGACGCCAGCAUGCGAGCUCCAGCAUCGAAGCUUCUGGUUGACUGGACGCCAAUCUCACAGCUCGAGGACCAAGAUGACUAUGAUACGGAGGAGAACGAUGCGGCAAACACUAGUAUGAGCUAUUCCAUCAAUCUUGGUCAGCCUUCUUCAUCCUCCGUCGAUCACAGCCCCUAUUCUCCACGCUUGACAGCUUCGAACGCUACAACUUCCGGCUCGCUCCGGCAGAGGACGAGCGCAAGCGGCUUCUGUGCAGCCAUUAGCCCUAGUAUCCACGGUCACGCCGGCAGUAGAAGCAGCACCCUCUCCCCUCCUGCUUCACCAUCCGGUGCGACUGCGAAUCCUUCUUCUGCCACAGGAAGCGCAAGCAAGCAUCACACAGUCGACGAAGGCGCUCGCGUUGGUGCUAGUGGGCCCCGUCGCACUCUCUCUAACGCUUCCACUGUCGCACGGCCUCUAGCAGGCACACACGACCCGCACGAUCAUCCAUGCUCAGACCCUGGUCCUGCUUCCGCACUGUCCAUCUUCAAGCUCGCUCACCGCUACCAUAUGCAAGAGCUCUCCAGACUCGCCUCGCUGCACAUGGUCGCCACGCUUACGCCACAGUCAGCCUUCCCAAUGUUGCUGGCCACAUCGAUGUACACGGAGCUACACAUUCGUAUCAAGACAUACGUCUACCAGCACUGGCACCUUGUCUCUCACACGCAAGAGUUCGAGCGCUGCUGCGACGAGGUCUCGGUGGGUAUGUGGGGUGCCGAUGCUGGCAAGACGAUGCGAGCGUUUGUAAAGAGUCUUGUUUCGCCGCUGCGUGCUGCUCAAAGUUGA